UUAUAACUUGAAAAGUUUGUCAUCUUUUCCGAUUUGGCUGCACCGCCAGAGAUCGACGACGCUGAGCUUAACAAAGAGGGUUAAUGUUGCCUCUCGAAAACCUAGCAGUCUCCAUGGACGAAUACGCCGCCAAAGAGAUGGAAUUGAUGGGUCAUGAUGCAGACAUUCGAAAAAGGAGUUGCAUUAGCUUUUCCGUAACGGGGUAUGACACUUCGGUUGCUUAUUAUGAUCUCAACCGCGCGUUGAGAAAGCAUUUCGCUUCAUGUGGUAGGAUCAGACAGUGUUGUAUUUCAAGAGACCCUGAAAGGGGUUAUCUCAGCAGCUUUGCUUGGAUGGCCAUUCGGGGAGAAAAAGGUACAGGAGGGAAAGUGUUGGACCUUAAUGGAAGUGACUUUGGAGGGUGUAAACUAUUUGUUGAGGCUUCACCUUCUCAGGGACCAAACAUUGAACUUUCCUCUGAAGCGGCUGCUGUUAGAUCUGCACGCAGUCGAUUGUUCCGAAGCAUCAUUGUUUCUGUUUCGGGAUUUGACCCUUGGCUUCCUGAGCAUGAUCUCGAGAGCUCUUUGAGAAGGCAUUUCUCUUCAUGUGGAGAGGUCACGAAUAUUUCUAUUCACAGAGGACCUGGCGGUAUUAUCAAAAGCCCUGCUUUCAUUUUUCUUCUGGGAGAAGACGCAGCAGAGCAGGCGCUGGAACUUAGUGGAAGCGACGUUGGAGGAUGGAAAGUAGCUGUUAAGGUUUUACCGUUACCGCCAACUAUUAAUGAGAGCUUAAAUCAAACAAGUUGCUUUGGGAUUUCCGUUACGGGAUACGACACUUUGCUUCCUGAGGAUGAUCUCAAGACCGCGUUGAGUAAACAUUUCCGUUCAUGUGGAGAGGUGACGGAUAUUUCUAUAAGGAGAAGCAGUGCUUUCAUUUAUAUUAUGGGAGAAGGCGCAGGAGACAAGGCUACGGAACUUAGUGGAAGUGACAUGGGUGGAGGAUGGAAAGUAGUUGCCAAGGUUGAUUCUGUUCCGGGUGAAUACCAUGAUGAGGACCCACCUAUGUUUAUAGGCUAAUAAAGAUGACUAGGAGUAGAAAGCUCUCUCUUUAGAAGCUCUAUUUGCUGUUGUUAUAACUUGUGAUGUAAUGCAAACCUUUUUUUAUUGGGUUUUCCUUAUGUCUUUGUCUGGAUUAAUAAUUAAUCAUCAUCUGCCUUCAUUACUACUAUAAGUAUGCUGUUUUUUUCUUUGUUUGCUUUUGGUCUGGAUGUUAAAAGUAAGCGCAAUAUAAUCAUUUAUCUGC